GCGUGUUUUUUAUGCUGCGAGUAGCAGAAGCAGCAAGUUUGGGCAAAAUGUAGCACACAGCCAGCCAACAAGUCGAAAGUGCAAAAUGUCAGACGGAGAUUUUUGGCAACAAAAGUGAACCUCUAGCGGCGGGAGUGGAUUGAAAGUUGUAGAAAAACAAUCAAGAAGUAGUCGGUAAUCGCGUUGACGUCAAGAAUUCGUAUUUGCGGUGUGACUUGUGUAAGAAAAUCGCUAUUGUUUGCUCACCUUUUGGGUCGAAAAGGAUCAGAGUUUGAGAGUUGGCUGCCUUUUUUUGCCGUAGCCUUCGCGUACAGCAGUUUGUGUGCGUGCGCGAGCGAGCGAAUGAACUCCCUUCGUAAGAACAAAGAACGAGACGGAAAACAGUGUGUGAAACAAACAACAAAGCUGGAAAAAAUUGCGCUGGUGUGUUCCCGUUUGGGGUGUUCAUGCGGUUGUGAAUGGAAUAAUCGAAAAACGCAAUUAUUUACGCGGCGACGGUCGCGUUGAAGUGUGUGCGUGUUUGUACGUGCGUUUGAUUGAAUAAUAUAAUAUCGUGUAUUUUGUUUUCUCUCUUUCGUGUGCCCAGGAAAGUCGUGAUCGUGUUCCGUCUUUUUUUUCUCGAUUCAAACAAAAUUGGUGAUAUGUUUUUGUUUUGCUUUCUGGAGAUGUAGUUGUGCAAAGCGUUCGACGACUGAAGGAAAUUGAAGAUUUUGCUGCUCACGAUUGAGCAAGUGGACAGUUUUUCAGGACUUCAAGUGAUAUUUGAGAUUGCCGCGGAAGCAUUCUGCAUGCUUAUACAUAGGAAAUCUGGAUUUACGUGCAGGGAUUACUUUAUUGGGUUGUACUAUUUCGGUACCUAACAAUGCACCGUGGGAAGCUGCAGCAGUGCUGACCCUGUUCGAAAAUGGAGUGCGACGUAUCACCGCCCGACAGUAGCAGCGGCGGUCAUCACUGCUCCACCGCGGGUCAGCGGCGCCAAUCUUCGAAGCAUCAUCAUCAGCAUAGUAACACCAGCGGUAGCAGCAGCAGCAACACUAGCAGUAAUAUUGGUAGCAGUAGCUUGAACGUUAGCGGUAACAGUGGUAGGAAUCUCCUUAACAUUAGCACUAGCAGUAGUUUUCGAUCUGAAUCGCCUGCAACGACGACGACAACUAUGGCAGCGUCAUCCUCUUCUCAUUAUCACCAUAAUCAUCAACCGCAGCAGCACCAGCAACAGCAGCCACAUCAACAACAGCCGCAGCAACAGCACCAUCACAUUCAUCAUGAGGAAUUAACUGUUGCCUUUCCGGAGGUUGUCUCGUGCACACCGGAGUCGAGCUUCAAUUUCUCGGAUGAUUACGAUUCGAACCCUCUGAAAGAAGUUGAUCCGUUGAACGUCUCCGGUAGUUCAAUGGAACUGCUAAGCUCUCCCGUUAAGAACCACGAGAAGACUCCCAAACACAAUCACCACCUGCGACGAACCGUUCCGCGGAUAGUGGUAAAACAACUACCGAAGUCGCAACAGCCGCAAUCGACGUCGCGAGAGGAAAAGCGUCCGUCUGGGCCGGCAUCGACGAUGCGGGAAGUGCUGGCCUCUAUUCCGGGAUUCAGUGUGAAGCCGCGGCGGAGAUCGAACAAGAAAAUGUCCACCGCGGCUCAGAUCGAACAAACGCGGGAAGGCUGCAUCGACCUGGAAACGCCGGAUUCGAUCCUGGUGAACACAAACCUACGCUCGUUGCUGAACAAGCAAACCUUCCAGAUGUUGCCGCCAUUGUUUCAGUACAAGCUGGUGCAACUGUUGCCUUCGGUCGAUCGACCCCUGGUGAUGGACGCUUCCGAUUGUGAGCGAAAUGGGAUUCGGCUGAAUCCGUCUAGCCUGAACAAUGAGUUUUUUGCCCGGGCCUGUCUCGAGUGGCGCGAUCGGUUAGCGGAGGGCGAGUUUACGCCGGAGAACCAACUGAAGCUCAAAUCGGAAGCUGAGAAGGAGAAAAGCAAGCUGGAUCCGUGGAAGCUGAAACAUUUCGAACCAAUGUGGGGCGACAAGAGUAGCUCAGCGGCGAAUGUGGGGGCAGCGGGAACGUUGCCCAAUCCAUCGCCGCCACCAACACCAACGAAGGAGAAAGUGAUUACACCCGAACCACCGAAGACAAGCACCCCGACAUCGGGGAGACCUGCCCUGAAAACUACGAUCAAGCUGCGGCCGACAACAACGAUAGCUACCAGUACAACGGCAGCACCUGAAGCGAUAUCCGGUAUCUGUAAUAGUGGUAAUAGCAGUAGCAGCAGUCACAGUAGCAGCAGCAAUAGUAGCAGUAGUAGCAGCUGUGGGGGCAGUGGAAAUAGUACUACUAGUAGUCAACCAACCGCUACCACCCCGAGCACUCGGUUCACCGUUGCCCAAAGCGCAGUUUCCCCCACUGCAACAUCCUCUCCGAAGCGCGUGCGUACCGUUGGAGCAGUCACGCGAGCCUCCGCCAAUCAACAUCAGCUAAUCCAUCAUAGUCCAUCACACACUACAACAACAGCCGUGGAGUGUGAUGGCUCUCCGACGCGGUCAACGCGAACGGUAACACCUGUAGAAUCGCCAAAGCCGUCCACAUCAUCGACAUCGAUGCUGACUGCGUCAGCAACAGCAGCAGCAGCAACAGUAGCGGAAGUCGCCAAAACGGCGGAUGACGUAGUGGAUUCUUCUAGUUCUAGCAGCAUUCCCAGUGGUAGUUUGAAGCGAGCGCACAAUCGAUCCCUAACACCAGAAUUAAGCAAUAGUAAGAUAUCGAGAGCAUCAGACACGAGCGAAAGCAGUUCACUGCUGGAGCUGCCCCAGACAACACUGUCUGAGGACACGAAACCAUGUGAUAGCAAGCCAGACUCCGAGUUGGCUCCGAGCGGUCGCCAGCCGGACGACGUUCAGCUCGUAGAACACACCGUACCGGAUCCGCUGGAUGAUGUGGAGGUCGGCACGGAAACGAUCGUGGAGGAAAUCCCCGACGAUGAUCCGGAAAUAACGGAGGUUAUAAUGGAGCACGUGCCAACGCCGACUCCUGAACCCAGCGAAGAUGUGGAGUUGAAAUAUGAUGACUACGAGAGUUCCAGCUCGAACUCCAAUUUCAUGGAGCGGUCAGUGGCUAAUGGUGAGCGGAAAAACUCGCAGCAAACUGUGUACGAUCAACAUUCGGGUCAGAUAUUCAACAUUCUGUGUGUCCCAUCACCUGCGACCUCUUCGACGACGACGACGAAUCACGUUACGACGAAUAUCGCCUCUGCGGACAGUCCUGCCAGCAGUAGCAACAGUAACAGCGAUGCGGUUGAUCGGGAACAGUCGCAACACCGGGGACAGUUGCAACAGCAACAACAGUUCUGCCAUGAUAGUAACAGCAGCAGUACAUCAACGACGGCUCUGAUGUCAUCGAGCGAUCAGGUGCCACCGAAUGCACUUAGCAGUUUUGAGAAUGUGCUGCAGAACAAUGAGGAGCUGGUGAUAAUGCAACGAGAACCGGACGUCGCUUCAAACGGGGCGCUGAACAGUGACAGUAAUGAAAGUUCCGAGGCUAGCAGCAGUCAGCGAACGGUUAGCGCGGAGGUGAAUAUGAACCUGACCGCGUACCACCAUGAUCAUGAGUUGCUACAUCAGAGUGUGAACAGCGGGAUGAUGAUGGGUAGCGAUGAGCGGGAGGAGGAUGAAGACGAUGAUGACGACGAAGAGAACUGUGAUAACAAUAAUGAUUCCACCAACGAGGAGGAUGAAGGUGAUGGUCAGCUGAUGGCUGGUACUGGUGUGGGAGGAAUGGAUGAGAAUGGUGGUUUGGCGAAUGAUGACUUGCAUGGCCUGCGGCUGAUGACGGCCGCACAGCAGCAAUCCCUCGAAUCGAGUGACUCCGGUGAGGACGACGAUCAGAUGGAUGAGAAGUUCAUAGACGCGGAGAACUAUGUACUCGAGAGCGGGGAAAUCAGCGCAGAAAUUGACACGAUCGGCAUGUUGACCGAUGCUUCGGAGGAGGUCGGAGUGGACCUUGGCAUUGCGGGUGUGGCGGAAGCCGGUCCGAGCACCCAUGAAGACAAUCUGAUAAUAUUGCACGAGCUUGACAUCAAAGAGGACGACGAUGACGAUGACGAAGAGGAUGAGCAACAGCAGCAUGAGAUCGAGGAAGACGACGAGGAUGAGGAGGAAGAAGAGGAAGAGGACGACGAGGAGGAGGAGGAUGAUCACCACCGGGAUCAAGAGAUGUGUGCAGAUGGUGCUGCUGGUGGUGGUACCGCCUCUCAGGGGGGAGAUCAGCAGCAGGAAGCUGAUAUUCACGGGUGUAGCAUUGCUGACGGUGUUCAGCAGCAGCAGCAGCAGUCCACGGUGGAACAGACCCUCUGCACGAACGAUUUGGACGGUUUCGACGGCAUCAACGCGAUUAAGAUGGAAACUGAUAGUAUUUUCGACAGCGGCGAUUGGCCGUUCAAAAUGAAGUUGGAACCAAAGAUGAUGAUGGUCGAUCAGUUGGACUCAAGCAGCAUUAUUUUGACGCCAUCUACGACUACUAGUGGACAUCAGAUGGCUGUCAGUAGCGCUCAACAUCAGUUUCAGCAAAUUCAUUCCAUACAAGCUGCCCAGCAGCAGCAAUUUCUGAAUCACCAGGUGCUCAUUCAACAGGCUCAACAGCAACAGCAGCAGCAACAGCAACAACUGAAUGUACUUCAGUUACAGCAAGCGCAGCAGCAGUUCCAACAACAGCAGCAGCAACAGCAGGUGCUGCUACCGCAAGCGAUGUCAGCAGUGAACAGCAAUAUUCUAUCGUCAGAGGUUAAAGGUGUUCGCGCGGUAAUAAAGUCGGAACCAGGCAUCUCCGGUGUGACCUUCCAGGGUCGACCGACAACCGGCCAGUUGAUCACACGGAUUAAGAUCGAAGGUGAGGACGGCCAAAAGGUGCAUGUCGUGUCGUCAUCGGGAAAUGACAAUCUGGCACGAGUCAUCGAAAGUGUGGCUGGGAACUACACCAACACGAUUCCAGUAACGACCCAAGCCCAGUUAUUGCAGCACCAUCAUCAGCAGCAACAGCAACAGUUGCUGCAGCAAUACCAAAACCAACACAUCAAGUUGGAACUCGACGGUAAUCAACAGAUUAUUCAACAGCAAACGCAGCAGCAGCAACAGCAACCGAAGUUCAUCAUAACCUCGAGGCAGAUUGGUAACAAGAUUCCAAUUACGGUCACCAGUGGACCCCCGGGUCAUAUUCUCCAACAGCAGUCCACUGGAGCUGGUGGAACUGUUACAACCACCCUUCAGAAGCCUAUCCAAUUGCAAAAGAUCAUUAUGUCCACCUCUAGCCUCCAGCAGCAACAGCAGCGGGCACGACUGCCCUUGCAAAGAGUCCCAAUAGUGCAACCACAGCAAACCCAAUCCCAGCAGCGAUUUCAACAGAAGUUUGUGACGAAUCAGCUGAUCCGUGGCCAGAACGCGGAAAUGAUCAACACUGUGCAAUUGCAACAGCAGCAACAGGCUCAGGCUCAGGCUCAGGCGCUGGCGAAUCAACAAGCCCAGCAAGCGGCCGCAACUGUUGGUGCGAAUGUGGUUAUCGGACCCACGCCAAGGAAACGACUAGAGGUCGUCCCUGGUGGAGGUGCUGUUGUCGCUAGCGGUGGCGGCGGGGGCAGGCGAGGCGGUAGGACGAGUAGUUCUCGACUGCCUCCCGGGGCGGUGAAUCUUGAACGCAGCUAUCAAAUCUGCCAGGCAGUGAUACAAAACAGUCCCAAUAGACAUCAGUUGCGGGCUCAACUGAAACCACCACAGGCGUUCCUAGGCAGUUCCAAUUCGAACUCGAGCAAUAGUAGCAAUAGUAACAGUAGUAGCAGCAGUGGUAGCAGUGCCGGCGGAGGUAGCGGCGGAAGCACGAAGGAUGAACCGACCACCUUCGGUGGGGCACUCGUGGGGAAUAAGCUUGGUCCACGAUUAAUAAACCCGAAACGGAUAACGUCAGUGGGUCGACAGCCAUCGUCGAUUGUCGUUCGUCAUGUGUACACUACCGCUGGCCAGUCGAAUCCUGGUACAAUAAGUAUUAUCUCAGCAUCCCAACAACAACAACAGCAACAGCAGCAAAAACAACAACCACACCAAUCCCAGCAGCAGCGGAUAAUAACGACUGCAGAUGCGGCUGAAUUACAGCAUGCUCAAAUCAUCAGUGUUUCCGGUGCCGGUGGAAUGAGUAAUCUAGCCGUUAGUGCCACUGGUCCAGGUGGAGGCAGUUUUGGUGGAAAAUACGUUCUUGUGCAACGGGCUCACAUUGGAGACAUUGUAACGCCGCGGGCGGCCAGUGCUCCACCAACCCAGAAUCAGCAACAGGUUAAUUCAGUAACUGGUGUUCCAAUAACGCUAGCAGGUCGUGGACGGCCAGCUUCGGUAGAUAUUGAUACACCUGUCUCCCUUCCUGAUUCUCGACAGCAACAACAGCAACCGCAGCAACAGCCGCAGCUGCAGCAGCAACAACAACAACAACAGCAAGUGCACAUUAUACACCAUCAAUCCCAGCAACAGCAGCAACAAAUCGUUGGACCCAAUCCCGGCAUUCAAGCGGUGACCCGGAGAGGUCCCGCUACCCAUGUAAUCUCGUACGGUGACAUCGGCAUGGACGGGGCCAACGGGCAGCACUUCGGUCAAGCAUCUGCAUCCGCUGCGCUGGACAGUAGUAACGCCGUCAUCGCAUCCACGAAUGAGUCGAUGGCAGCUUCGCCUGCUGCUGGGCACAUCACAUCCACCUCGGCACCAUCCCCACUCUUACCGGGCAGCAACGGUAACAGUAACAGCAGUAGUGGUAUCAUCAUCAGCAGUGGAAACACUAGCAGCAGCAACAAUAAUAAUAAUAACAACACCAGUAAUAACAGCACUAUCGGUAUUAUAAACAAUAACAGUAGCGCUAAUAGCAACAACAGCAACAGCAGUAGCAGUAGUAACAAUGGAAAUAGUCACCAUCAUCAUCUGCAACAGCAGCAGCAGCAGCAUGGAGCGAACGUAGCAACAUCCUCGUGCUCGUGUUCUCUCAACGCAAUGGUCAUCUGUCAGCAGUGUGGUGCCUUCUGCCACGACGACUGUAUCGGUGCUUCGAAGUUGUGCGUGUCCUGUGUCAUACGAUAAAAAAAAUCAGAGAGAAGCCUUCUUAACAAUUGCUAGUUUCUACUUUGCAGGAGGGAAUGUUAGGAAUAACAAAACUCCGGUUAAUGCCUGCCACCGAAUUUUCACAAACAAGAACACACCUACACACAUACAGAAUUACACACACACACACACACACACGAAACAUAAAAGCCUGUGCAAAGACUCAUUACGUAUAAGCGCGUUUGUUCUUUUCGUCGAUAUGUAAUGUCUUACGUUCUUAAUAUUUUGUGGAUUUGUUGGGAAGAAUCCAAUCUGUGAAUAAUAUUUUUAAUGUCCAGUCCCGUUCAGGGGAGAAGCGGGAAUGCAAUGAGUGAAUGGGCGAAUGAGCAGCGAAUGUGUGAGGUUGUGCGAUCGAAAAAGGUGAAUGAUGAGUUGGAGAAGACUCAGAGCUUUAGUUGUUUCGUAUUCCAUUUUUCCACCAAGAGAAAGAGAUUGAAGAAGCAUUAUGUCGCUAAUGUUUGUUAAAACUGCUAAACAAUAUAACGCGAUAUGGAAGCAAAACUGAGCUGAGGGGGCCGGACGGAUGGAUCCGUUUGUAAUAAUUAUUGCUAAGUAACAUUAUAAGCUGAGGAGGAACUUGGAAGAAGAAGCAUGAACGGCAGAAGAAUAAACUAUAAUCGAAAAAUAAAACUACACAAAAACACAGUUCAGUGCGAUAGCAUGAUGCGAGGUUGACUUUCGAAACCAUGGUUCAUCGACAGGGACAUGUGUCUGUUGCGCGUGGCUUGUGGCUAGAAACUGAAAAAGAAAAUCUGUGAUUCGCUCUCCUGCUGGCUUUUGUUUCGUUCUACAGAUCGGAAUUUGGUCUACGUUCCGUUUCUGAACAAUAAAAUCUUAUUUUCAGUGAUUUCCGCUUACGCCGUAAUUUUAUUUACUUCGAUUUAUUUAUUUGUUUGUCUAAUUUGGUUUAAGUUUAGGAUUUGCUACGACGACAAGAAACACGUUAUAGUUGUAAGCGCUACUUCAUUUUUUUUAGUUCGUCAUGAAAAUCAGUAUAGUAUUUAGUUUAAGUGUAAGUGCUAUGCAAAGUUGCUUUUAAGUUCGUUUAUUUUAACAAAUUGCUUUUUUUUUAGUUAGGUAUAAUUAUCCAAAUACUAUCGCGGAAGUAAAUUAUGAAUGAGAUAUGAUAUAAAG